AUGGCCUCGCCGAAGCUCGCCGCCGGCGACGGCAGCUACGACUUCCACCUACGCUCGCUCUCCGCCGCAUCACGGGACUCCGCCGCGGCCGCCGAUCCCGCCUCCGACCCCAACCUCCUCCAGUCCGUGCGGAUGGUGUUCGAGAUGUGCAAGGAGGCCAAGGGGGCCAACGACGAGAUGGUGGCGCGGGCGUUUCCCGUGAUGAACAAGCUCUUCCAGCGCUGCGCCGCCGCGCCCACGCUCUCCACGGCCUCCACCGGCGUGCUCCUUCUGACCAUUCUGCAGUUCUUCCUGGACUUUGGGGAGGCGGUCUUGCACGAUGCUGAUGGUAGCUUGAAAACCUUCUUCCGCUCUUGCUUAAGUAGGGAGUUUUCAGACCCUAUUGUCGCAGAACGCACGCUUGAAUUCCUGAUAGCGAACAAGACGAAGAUCUUGAACAGCUUCCCCGCCUUGGUUCCGCAGUUCUUCCCAUUGCUGCUGAAGUUGAUUGCAUCAAAUGGUGAUAGGUUGGAUAAGAAGUUCUCAGAAGUGCUCCCAUUGAUGAUGUCAGCAGGAUCUUUUCUUCCUCUCUUCCUGUCCCUUAUGGAUCUGCCAAUGUUAGUGGUAGCACUGGAAAAGGUGGAAAGAAGUUCUGGAACUCUCAUCGGUAGUAGUUUAGCUACUAUACAGAAGAGUGCUGCUCCUGAGAUGCUCCUUGCACUGAUGGAUGAGGCAUAUACUGGCUCCUCAAUAGAAGAUCAAAGUGGCAAUUCAGGUUCUGAUGAUAGUGGUCGUCUAGACCUUGCUGACCCAAUGUUCCUUGACCUUCUAAAAGACGAGAAUGAUGGCAUUGCUGCAAAACAUUGGACAUCCCCUACGAUAUCUUCAACGUUACAAGCUGCACUUAACAGCCCACAGUCUGACAGAUUAAAACAAUCACUGAAAAUGGCACCUCACUUUCUUACUGUAUUUUUUGCAACAGCAUUGCGGGACGUCAACAACUCACUCUUGUGUGCUCUGAUUCCAGUAGUUAUGUCAAGAUAUGCUGCGAUGUUCCCUGACAAGGAUUUUUCUUUCGAGGUGAGGAAAAAGCUGUCGGAUUUCUUAUUGGCUGCAUUCCAGCGCUCCCCUGACAUCAUUGCCCUACUAAAGAAGCCUAUUACUGAUAGACUCGGGGAGGCCCAUGGUAAUCCUGCAAAGAUGGAAUUAGCACUGCAUUUGUGUUGGGCCAUUGGUGAGCAUGGAGCAGGAGGGAUAAAGCACAAAGAUGUAGCACGUGAACUAUUUGAAAAUCUGGAGUUGCUACUAUACGAAAACCUGGCAACUAGUCGUUUGGGAUUAAGUCAAGACCCAGGGUUCGAUUCUAUGGGUGCAAGCUCUAGAAAGUCAUCCCAAGCUAGGCUCCUAUGCUUUGUGGUGACUGCCAUUGCGAAGCUAGCAACUUGCCAUAACGAGCUGCUUCCAAGAGCACGUGUGUCAUUGGCUAAGGUCGCUCGGUCCAGGACCUCAGACAGGCGAGUCUGGCAGCGCGCCUGUGACUACUUAGGGCUCAUGAAUGAACCAGCCAUUUGUUUGUCUGUACUGGGACCAUCCACUGCCCAAGGAAAUGGUCCUGGGAUUGUGAACUGGAGCGAAGGAGGAACCAAGAUGGUAGCUCACAUUCCGUUUUACCUUUUAGCAGAACAGAAAGGUCCACCAUCUCAUGAUUUUUCAUAUGCGGACCUCCUCCCCGCAGAAUGA